AUGACGUCCAUGGUCCAGUCUGUCGUUCGCUUCCUACGUUCUUUUCAAACAGCCUUCGCGAUGCGCUUUCUUUUCUUUAUUAUCUUGUCCUUGUGCUCGGCUGGCCCGAUUGUUUUCUUUAGCCCUAGAUCCGUCAACAAGCACGAUACCCUUGCCGCAAGUGCCAAUCCUCCACUUACUUCGCGCCUUCUCAUACCCAGAAGUGAUGGUGGCUUGACUGUGGUGCCAGUUACGCCGACUGCCUUUCCCUCUACGGAUACUACCACUUCAACCUCAUCCGCUGAGAGUGACGCCGAGACUCAGACUGAGGAUGAGCUACUGACAUCCACGAUCACGUCUACGACCAGUUCUAGUACGUCGACCUCCGAGUCUGUUGCCGAGGAAUCAAUAACAGAAGGCGUUGUUGAGACCCUUUCGGUCAGCGAGACCCGCAGUAGCAGUACUACAGAUACUCCGUCCUCGCCUGCACCUAUGAUGUCGAGUGCGACAUCUGUGUCUGAACCAGACAGCAACACUAGCGAUGCCCCGGAGGCGCUGACAUCUUCAACUUCCGCCCCGGGGUCUACGCCAGUCAUCGGCACGGAGACAACGACCAGAACCACGAGUCAGAGUACGCCAUCACCAAGCGCAACUCAGUCUUCAACUGUUGAAUCUUCUGCCAGCGAAGAUACGAGCCUAAGCACGACAGAAACCCCGACCGCUGAUACUGAGGCCCACACCUCUACCGUUCCUACCAAUACCACAACGUCUGUCGAAGAGGAUGCUACUAGCAGCACAGCAAGUACAUACCCAGCCUCAACACCGAUUAUCGUCGUGGUAACACCGGGUGCGGGCUCGGAGUUUCCUACAAGUCAAACCAUUGCUCCAGGAGGUAGGCCCGAGAGUGACGUUACCUCUAGUCCUUCGACUUCGACCGUUGUGGUACCUCCUUACGUGCCUACGCCACAGUCCACACCGAGCACAACCUCUCAACCAACUUCGACGACGAGCAGCUCCUCAGUCGAAGAUUCCACAUCCACCACGACAGAGAAAACAUUCACGAUACAAACUGAUUCCACCGACAUUGUACCACCAUCAAUAGAUGUACAAACAUCCACAAGCCCCCGUUCGAACCCGGAGCUCGAGCCCACCUCCACAACCACUUUGACAGUGGUUUCCACUCUUGUUGAAACGUCUACUCUGGAUCCUACCCAGACUACUGAACCAGAACAAGACACGGAUACAGCAUCAGCAGACACGCAAACAUCCACAGACCCCGUUCCCAACCCGGAACUCGAACCUACCUCCACAGCCAGGACAACAGUCAUCUCGACUAUUCUCGUAACGCCCACUCUGGACGCUGAGCCCUCAGUGACUCCCGAAUCAGAGUCAGAGCCAGAGCCAGAGCCAGCGGUAGACAUCACAACGACCGCCAUCUCAAUCCCCACGCUAUCCACACAUUCCACCACGACCGUAACUCAGAUAGUUACAAUUGUACAGACAUCCACGCUAGGCUUCGAGGCCGAGCCCGAGCCCACUGAAACCCCACAACAAGAGCCAGAGCCUGCAGCAGAGCAAGAAUCAACAACAGACUCUUCAUCUCGGCCGACAAUAACCAUCGCCGCUACUAAGACUGAGACACUUUCGAAGACGGCUACUACCACGGAGACAGCUACCGUCACUGUCGCUGAUACUUCAGGCCAAGAUCAGAACACCGUCACUGCCGCAGCCGUUACCACUGGCAGUAUCGGAGGAGGUUUGAACGUUGUGCCCGUUCGACUGGCUACGGUCACGGUCACGGUGACUGCAACCUUACAAAUGCCGGCCGUGACGGUCACAGUCACGGCUUAG